CACAAUACGUGUACGUAACACUAUUUAAGUCGAUCAAUUUAUGAAUUAUCAUAAUAAUGAUGAUCCUUUUUUUUUUCUGAAUAAACGCACGAGUCUUUACACUGCCUGAUCAAUCACAUUCCCUCCCCCCUCCCAUUCUCCCAUCCUCCCAUCCCUCACCCCACACUUCCCUGGCAUCAUAAAUGGAAAAGCAUUGAUUUCUGAAGAUAAUUAAAUAAGUAUAGGGUACAGACGUACGCAUAUAAGAAAGGAAUUACAAAUGUUAUAUAUUUGUUUUCUUAUAACGGUCUUCGCCUGUCAUCAUGAAGCGUCAACAAAUCACUUUGGAUCUUUCAAAUAUGGUGUACACAGCUUUCUCCUAUUUGGCAUUAGCCGGAGCAGUCUGGAUUUUCUUGAGACUACUUCAGGCAUGCUUUUGGCUUCCUCGGCAUUUGAAGAAACAAAACGACGUGCAACAAAUGUUGCAGGAGAAGGUGGACAGUUACGAAAAAUAUAUACUCGAAUGCGAAGAGAAGGAGAAGACGAUGAUAUUGGACGGAGAGAGUACGGAAGAGCAAAAUGUCGACAUUACAAAGAAAUGGUUGGAACGUAGAGAAUGUUUGGAAAUGUUGAAGCAAGAAUUGAAGAAAAUAGAAAAUGGCGAUGAGAUAAAUUAUGAAGAUUAUCUUUCGGAAUUAGAUGAGGAGGUGAAGGAGGAAAUGAAUGAGAAGGAGAUGAAGAAGGAUAAGGAAGAUGGUAAGGGAAAAAAAUGUGAGAAGGAAGAGGAAGCGAUGAUGACGGAAAUAGGAGAGGUAAAAAUCUCUGAGAAGGGAAAAAAACGUAACGAUAAGAAAUCGUCGGGCAUACAUGACGAUGCAUCGUUGAAAAUGUCCGAAGAUAUGAAUUUAUUGAUCGGUAAAAAAGAAAAUGAAGAGAAAGAGGAAAAGAUGAUAAAGAAAGACAAAUAAUAUAUAUAUAUAUAUAUAUAUAUAUAUAUAUAUAUAUAUAUAUUUCUUUAUCCUUUUAUCUUCAUUCGACUAUUUUUGAUCUUGUGAUUUUAAUUAUUUGUUUAUUUUUUUUUUUUUGAGAAUUUCUUUUGCAUUCUCUCUCUCUCUCUCUCUCUUUUUUUUUAUCAUAUAAAUCUUUCGUAUUUCAGCACAAAAGGAAGAGGUUUCUUCGACCUUACGUUUCCUUAUUUUUUUUUCUUUUUUUUUUUUUUUUAAUAUUUUCCUUCAUAAAAUAAAUUAUUUUAUAAAAUUUUAACGAAGUAACGACUUUUGAAAUAUCAUCGUAGCAAUAAUUCGUAAUCUCAAUAACUCUCUUUUUCUGUUUCUUCUCUUUCUCCGUUUCUUUUUCUUUCUGCUCAUUCUCUGUCAUGACGGCCAUUUAGUCGAUUUAUCAAGAAAAAUGUAUUUUUUAUA